UUCCGUUCAAUUUUGACUUAUUUAUUUUAUAACGUUAUUUAUUAUAAAAUAAUAAUAGUGCUGAAUGAACUGCGGAUUGAUAUAUAAAGUUUACGUAGUGUUUAUGCGAGUUGUCGUGACCACAUCGCGCCGGGUACACACCAUUGUUGAAAUUUGUGGAACCCCCUUCAAUAAGCGACUCCAGAAACUGCAGAAGGAUGGAGAAUUUGAUGCUGAACUCAAGCCUGCCUCCCAUCUUUGCAGAGGAAGAGGUUCUGAAGCAGCGCAACAAUGCUGGAUCAGGGUCCACUGGCAGUGAGAGCAACUCCCAGGCCCCUGGCCAUCCUGAGCCCAUGGAGGAGAAUUCACAAGCCCCUCCGCAGCCGACAGAGUCUCCCAGUGGCAACACAGAGAGCAAGGUGCAGAGGAAUGGAGAAGAGCAGAAACCUCGGCGCCCAAGCUGGCCGAAAGGGCGGAAGCGGAAGAAGCCUAUCAAAGACAGCAACGCCCCCAAAGCACCCCUAACUGGGUAUGUGCGAUUCAUGAACGAGAGACGCGAACAGCUGCGAGCCGAGUGGCCAGACGCACCCUUUCCAGAGAUCACCAGGAUGCUGGGCAAUGAGUGGACCAAGCUGCCCCCAGAGGAGAAGCAGCACUAUCUCGAGGAGGCUGAGAGAGACAAAGAGAGGUACAUGAGGGAGCUGCAGCAGUACCAGAAAACUGAGGCCUACAAGCAUUUCAACAGGAAGGUGCAGGAGAAACAGAAGGGCAAGCAGCACAGACCAGCAGAUAUCCGGCAGGCUGCCAGCGAGUCUCUCCAUGAGAAGGAUACAGAGGGCAAGGAGAGAUCAGUAUUUGAUAUCCCAAUCUUCACUGAGGAGUUUCUGAACCACAGCAAAGCACGGGAAGGGGAGCUGCGGCAGCUACGAAAGACUAACAUGGAGUUUGAAGAACGCAAUGCAGCGCUGCAGAAACAUGUGGAGAGCAUGCGUGGUGCUGUGGAGCGACUGGAGGGGGAUGUGAUGCAGGAGCGCAGUCGCAAUACCUUGCUGCAGCAACACCUGGAAACCCUGCGUCAAGCACUCACAGCAAGCUUCUCCAGCCUGCCGCUGCCUGUCGCUGGGCUGUGUGCUCAAUCUGUGUUUUGUACCGCAGGCAGUGGGGAGACUCCCACCCUGGAUACCAUUGACUCAUACAUGAAUAAGCUGCACAGCAUCAUCCUGGCUAACCCACAGGAACACGAGAACCUCAUCAACACUGUGCGGGACGUCAUCAGCCGCCUCGAAAGGUGAGGAUGAAUCGUGGUUGUCAAAGCAUCUUCAGGUUACUGCAUAACAGGAGAAGAGCAGUGCCAGAAAUAACAGACUAAAAAACGAGCUCUCAAAUCUCCAAACUCGCACUUGAGUGUGAUGGGGGCUCCCUUCCGGAUUUCAGUUUCACCGCACAUGUGUAUGAAGCAUCAGCUCCAAGUCUGUUUUAAUUUAAACUCUUUAAUAUGCUUUAUGUUGAAGUUGCUCUUGUGAGCAUUGGCUUUGCAGAGGACAAAUAACCCUGUGCUUUUUAUUUUUUAAAGUAUUUUAUUCUUUAUAACUCUGUUUUUUUUAGUUGUAUUUAUUAUUUUAUACUUAUUUUAUAUGCAUUGUCCUGCCUCCUGCCUGAUAGUCUAAAAGGUUUUAGAAAUGGUUGUUUAGGAGUAUUACCAUCCACAAGCUCCCAUGCAUAACAGGUACUUUAAUAUAUAAAUACAAAUAAUUUAAAAUUAACAUUGCAUUACAGGGUAAAUAAAUACAAUUAUACCCAAACAAACUUGGAUUUUUCAUAUUCAAAUAUUAUUUUAAAAUGAAGAUUAUUUAAAGAUACCGGUACUUUCAUAUUAACACUGUUGUAUCAAUUGAUUUCAGAAUUAAAGUUAAACCCUGGUAUACCUUGAGAUUCCCUUACAGAAAAAGAAGUGAAACACAGAUGUCUUUUUGUGUUUUUGUUUAUUACAUUACAUAUAAAAGUAUACAUUUGUUUUGGAUGAUAUAUUUUUGGUGUACUAAUUUAAAAAACAUUGAUACAAAUACUACCCUGGUCACUUUUAUUUACAAAUACAUUUCAUUCCAUGCAAUGUUUACUUGAACAUUUGUUCCAGCACUAAAAAAAAGAAAAAUAGCAUAAUAUGAUAGAGGCUGGGAUAAUCCCAGAAAACCCUGUCCGAGAUUGUCAAACCCUUGCUUAGCAGCAAUAAAUACAACUAUAAGGUUCAACAUACUAUCUGCUGGAGGAACAUUAUUGAAACUACAUUUGGUAUAAAUAGCUGUUCAGAGUUUUUAAGUAUGCACUUAUUUUUUGUUGCAAUGUUGGUAAUUCUGUCAGCUUUACCAAGUCGACUGGCUUAUUUUAUUAUUAUUAUUUUUAAGUUGUUGUGCAGUCUGUGUUGUACUUUUGUUUUAAAUUAAAGACGUUCUUGAUUGAUAAGUUUACAUUGAUGUCUUGUAGAAAAACCCACCACAGGUACUGACUUCACCAAGGGUUUGCUGCAGGCCAGGUUUAUCCAGCAUAAAAAAGUAAUACACUUAUUAUUUAAAAACAAAGCAAAACACAAUGUUCUAAUAAAAGGAACACAACCAUUUAUCUUGAAAACAAAUAGAGCAGGUCAUCUUAUUAUUUAUAUUACAGGGACCACGUUACUCCAACCUGUCUACUAUGUUGACAGCUGCGCCCCUUCUUGCUUAUGACUUGAUAUGCACCAUUUGAAAUGAAAAGGCAUAGUAAAAUGGGAUAGUACUCAGACUUUUAGUGCAUAGUAUUUUAAAUGGGAUUGUAGACACAGAUAUGGGAACAUGAAAAAAUACAAUGGCAGUCUAAAAUGUUAAGUCUACUGGGCCUUUUGUUAAUAAACAUGUUUGUUUUUAUAACUUGAUGUUAUUUUUUUGUAAACAUAUUAAAGCUGUUUAAGUGUUCAUAAA